CAUCGACAGGACGCUUAAACUAGCUAGGAGACCAAUAGUUCACAAAAGAGAAGAGCGUUAUAGAAAUCGAUAAUGCUGGAAUCUACACGAUCGAGUAUCAAUUGGUCCAAACCUUCAGCAACGUAUGAAAAAAUAUGGAAUCAUGAUAAUUUAUGUUCUUGAUAGCUGUUUGCCUCAGCAAUUCAAAGGUUCCCGCUACAUAUUGAGAUAUAUCUCUUAAAAGCGAUGGUAGAAAACUAUGAAAUCACUCGUUUUUGCUGCCCUUGUCCUUUGGAUUUCUUCGUUAGCAAUGCAACAAUCGGACGGACCUCUACAAUGUGUGAUCAUCCAAGAUAAACAGGGUCUAACAGUGCCGUUUAAUCCUCCAUCGUUUUUGACCUCCAAUAUCAAAACACAGUGUCAAGUUUAUGGGUCAGGACAAGGGAUGCUGAGAUGUGGAACGUCAAAUGUGUAUGUAAGACCAGAAUGUGUCUGUUCUUUCUACAACGUGUAUGAGGCCAAGUACCACAAUUUCUCAUCUUGUCCUCAAGGAGAGAAAUCAGAUGAUGUCACAAAAUUAAAAUGUCCUGAUUGCUUGAUGUAUAGCUGGAAUAGAAAAGGACCUUGUAUCAAUGGAGGUAAUCUAACAUGUAGAGGGAACGAAGUGGCUCCUAAUAUUAAUUGUCGAUGUCCACGGAACUACAAGGGAAUGUUCUGUGAGGAAAAAUUAGAAAAUGUAACGAGAAUAUGUGAUAGAACUUCAAUCUCAUUAACAAAAGGCCUGACAAGCUGUGACUUGACAAGAAUGGAAUGUGUUACCUUCAGUAGGAAUCGUCUGUACGCUUACAAAUGUCAGGAGACUGAUGCCUCCCAGGAGAGAAGAGGAUUACCGUUGUGCGUUGACACAGAAACUACCACACAAUUACUUGUUAGAGCCCCAAUUUACCCGACAACGGUGAAACCUACUAAGCCUGAUCAUAGUUUAUCUUCAUCUGCAAAUAUAAUUAAGUUUACAUAUGUUUUAACAUAUAUUUCAUUAUCGUUACAAUUGUGAGAUACAAAAUUAAAGUGUAUUAUAAACAUUGGAUAUAUUGUGCCCGUAAAAAUACAAACCAUCCAUGAUUGUAUAUGUUAUUCAAGUCAUUCAACAAAAAUGAAAUUUGCGUACAAACUUUCAUGGAUCAAUGCAAGAGAAUCUAUCACACAAGAUUGUAGAUUUUUGUACUUUUAAUAUGUACAAAAAUGCAACAUUUCGACUGGUUAUAUUCGUAUUUAUAGAAACCUUAGGUCUAACGUUAGGCAAGUUCCUGCGUAAACAUUCAGUAAUUUGUACAAUAAAAAUAAUCUCCCUGUGGAAGAGAAUAGAAUUGUCAAAUUAUUAUGAAGUCAAUUCAAUAUGUAACUUUUCCACACAAUGACCAAAGUAUAUCGCAAGAAGGAAGAAAAGUAUACAGUCUGAAAUCAUUGUUUGAUUUCUAAAAGCAUUCUUGUACAUGUACUAAAUUUUAAAAAUACAUUAAGGUCCAUAUUUUGAGAUGUAAAGUUGGUUAUUUUCAUAUUUAUAUCGUACUUGUAUACAUUGAAGUCAAUUACAUAUGAAAAAAAGCUCUAAUUUGCAUUAAAUCGAUGUACAUUUUACUUGUUUGUAUCCUAGUAUAGUGUUUAAUCUGUUAAUGUAAACGGAAAAGAAUUAUAUAGAGAAAAGGAUUUUGUUUGUUUUUGUUUCAAAUUUUCCUUUUUUAUAAAGAAGACCUUACAAGCUUCUCUGAGUUUUGUGUCUCGAUAUUAGAAUUAUAGUAUAAAAUCGGGUACAUAUUAUUGUAAUUAAAAGAUGCGUAGAGGAACAUAUAUGGCGUAAACUUUUAUUUCCGAGUAUAUAUUAAGCAUCUAUGCACAUUUAUUUUUAGAAAUAUCAAAUUGUUUCAUUUUAAUGUUUAAGCGUGUGUGUGUGUGUGGUUAAAAAUACUACCUAUUUUCCUCUGCAUGUUCCGAAGCAUUCUAUUGAUAAUGUUAUUGUUUUGUGUCUUUGUACAAAACAGAUCCACAGUGACCUUGAUAAAAAUGGCAAGUGAUAUAAUAGCUUUGUUAAUGUUUAUGGUUGCAUUAAAUGACGUUUUCUAUUAAAUUGGUUUAAAAACAUUCA